UCAACGUCAGUCGCAAUCGUUUACAAUAACAACAAUCAAUUUUGAGCAAUUCGACGACAAAUAAUCGUGAGCAACAAGCUAGCAUUGCACGAACAAUUACGACAAGCAAUGACUCCAGUGGAAUUAUCGACAUCAUCACCCACACCCCGAAAAUACCGAAUGUAAAAACCAACAACAGAAACAAAAAACUGAAAUUAAACUCUACUGUGAAAGAGUGGCAGCAGCAAUAAGUGCAGUGAUAAUGAUCGAAGAGCAAUUGGAACAAUCAUUUAUACGCGCCUCCCCACUCUCCUCCACUCGGUCGGUGUUUGGGGUUCGUGCAGUGAAAUAAUCAAAAUUACGUUGUGGAAGGACUAAUUGUUCGCAUUCUAAAACAACUACAAACAAUUUUUCUAAUUACUUCAUUUUCUAAAAUUUUCAAACGCACGUGUUCCUUAAACACACACACCAAUAAAUUCUCAUCACAAUUAACCUAACUUCGACGCCAAGUGAGUAAUUUGGGGAAAAUGUUGCAGCUGCGUUGGAAUGUCCUGUGUUGCACGUUGGUUGUGGCACAACUGCUUUGCCACAGCGUUGACGCUAUGAAAGUUUCGCUCUUCGGCGAUGGCUACAUCACGAUGCCGCUACAGGAGGCCAAAAUGUCCACAAAUAUACGGGUGAAGUUUCGUACACAACAGGAGAAUGCCUUUCUAUUUCUGGCCGCGGGACGCACCGAUUACUGCCUCAUGCGGCUGGAGGGCGCCACAAUUAGCUUUACCUACAAAAUUGACCGCGAAGUCAUACAGCUGCGCUCGCCAAAGAAGCAGCGUCUAAACGACUUGGAGUGGCACGAUGUGGCGGUGCAACGCUAUGAGAAUAACAUAACGCUGCAGGUGGAUGGCAAUAUCAUGCGCAAAACGCUGCCCGCCGAGAUGUCCGCGCUGAAUGUGCACUUCGGCACAUUCCUCGGCGGGGUGGGCGAUUUUCCCGCUGAGUAUUUGACUGAUGUGGUUGGCUUUCGAGGCUGCAUAUCGGAUGUAUUUUACAACAACAUCAAUAUCAUUAAACGCGCCAAAGAGCGCACGGGCCACACGACCAGCAUCGGCGUGACCUGGACGUGCAGCAACGAAUUUGAUGGCACCAUAAAGGAUGGUAUUAGUUUUCUCAAUGAAGACUCGUUUGCUUUGAUGUCGAAAGAGUCGAACGCUGCCGGCGAGUCUCUUGCAAUGCAAUUUCGCACCAUGGAGCCGGCCGGUGUGCUCUUCUUUAAUGGCGGCUAUGACUUUGUGCUGCUGGAAAUCGAAGAAGAGGCCGUUAAGUUGACAUUCAAUAAGGCUGGCAGUCUCGUACAGCUUUCGCCCAAUCAAAGUGUCUCCGACGGCAAGUGGCAUCGUAUUUUAUUGCGCUACAAUGCCGCCAUGGCGGAGCUGAUACUCGAUGAGGUCGUUUAUAGCGGCCUGCAUGCGAAUGAUACUAAAGCCACCAUCAAUUUGGAGAAGAGUAUAUUCUUUGGUGGCGUACAAGAGGAUAUGCGUAGGCGUUUGCUGAAUAAAGGUCUGCUUGUGAAUGACCUCAGCUUCAAGGGUUGCAUGCGUGGUCUUCAAGUAAAUAAGGUGGACUUAGGUUUUCCGCAAAUGAAGGUGUCACAUCAUUUAGCCGUAAAUUGCGUUUGGAAGUACCCGUGCGUGGAGCACAGACCAUGUUUGAAGAGCGGCAUUUGUAAUCAGUAUGGUGUCGAUGAGUUCAUCUGCUACUGCGACCAGUCUUAUUGCAUCAAGGCUGACUAUCAAGGUCCUUUUAAGAUCUUUACCGAAACGAGUCCCGAGCUGGAGCUGCUCUACGUGUCUCCCAUGCAAUUGCUCGAAGGCGGUACCGUCUUUUUGUCGCCACAUUUCAUUGAUGUGCUCAUUGAUAAGCGCAAGUAUCCCAGCCUAACAGACACCUCGAUUGCAUUCCACGUGGUUCAACAGCCAAAAUAUGGCCAACUUUUACAGUUCUCGGUUGAAAAAAAUAAUUUUGUGCAGAGUCGCACCUUCAAUUUGGUCGAUCUCUCCACGGACAAGGUGAAAUAUGUGCACAACGGCAUAGAGAACUUCAACGAUCAUGCUACGCUGGACAUGCAGGUGUACGGCGAUAUACAUAAGAUACCAGAGAAUAUUUUAGGGAAACAUCGCUUCCUUCUGCACGCCAACGUUACGCCCAUUAACGAUCCACCACAACUACAAAUACCCAUCAACAAAAUUUUGCGCGUGAUCGAAGGUAUUGAACGUGUUUUGGAUGUGGAUCUUUUCAACAUUGAUGAUCCCGAUAGCGUGGCAACGGCUUUAAUUUAUACUAUAAUGCCUUCAACGAACCCCGCCGAAGUAUACGGCCGUUUCGUCGUUAAUGGCAUAGCAACGAUGAGUUUCUCACAAGCCGAUGUCAAUGCGGCGAAGGUGAGUUUUCUCUACAACUCAACCACCACCGAGGCCUUCAGCUAUCAGGUGCUCUUACAUGUCUCCGAUGGCAUUGAAACGAGUGAUACUGUUUAUUUGCCGGUUUCGGUACAUCCAUUGGAGCUACGUUUGGUCAACAAUACUGGCUUGAUCAUGAUACACAAGUCCGCAUUGCCCAUAAGUUCGGCCAAUCUCUCGGUUGGCACCAAUACUGCGGAUGAGAACAUCGACAUACGUUACGAUAUAGUGAAGCCACCACAAUAUGGCGCUAUACAGCGGUUGCGGCAGGUCGAUUCGUCUUGGGUGAAUGUCGAUUGGUUCAGCGAUAGUCAAAUGUUGCUUGGACACAUAAGAUAUGUGCAUGCCACCGAGUUUCCGUGGCAAGAUGAGUUUAAGUUUGUUGCAUCUUACGGUUUUGUGACCACACAAACAUUUGACUUCCGCAUCACCUUUACACGUCUCCGCAUAAAUUCCGCGAAACCUUCAAGCGUCAUGGUUAACGGCACACGUGAGUUCAUAUUGACCAGCGACGUAUUGACCUAUGAGACGGUGCCGAUUGACACAUUUCCACGGAAUAUAAUCUACAAAAUAGUAAAACCAACGAAAUAUGGUGGAAUCUUUGUCGAAGGGUCGCGAAAAUAUGCAAAGGAAAUGGACUCCUUCACCCAACAAGAUAUUGAUAAGAAUCGUAUACGCUACAAAACACAUCUCACCAGCUAUUCCAAUUUCAUAGAUUACUUGGAAUUUGUGGUCUCCGUUGCUGAGUGUGACGACGUAAUCGGUCGUCUGACAAUACGCUAUGCACCACUCGAGUCGAACACAGACAAAUUGACUUAUCAGAAACGUGAGAUACUGCUGGUGCAAGAAGGUGAACGCGCUCUAAUUACUAAGAACCACUUUGAGAUACGUUUUAAUCUCUAUGAGAGUCUACAAUUCACCGUGACUGAAACGCCUAAGCACGGCACACUUUGCCGCUAUGAUGAGCCAUCCGCGAAAGUUAUAACGAUAACUGAGUUUACAUUGGAGCAGUUAUUUUUGAAUGAUGUCUACUACUGUCAUGAUGACACUGAAUCCACUGAAGACGUUUUCGAUCUGCUCAUACUCUCCACCGAUGGCACAGAUUUGCAAUUUGUAGCCGACAUUGAUGUACGCAUCAAAUUGAUCAACGAUAAUGCACCCUAUCGCACGGCGGAACGUGUUUUUCACGUGGUGCGUGGUGGCUACCGUACCCUCAGUCCCGACGUGUUGCAGUACUUGGACGCCGAUGUGAAUACAAACCGUUCGGAUAUUUUGUACAUACAUGUUUCGAGCACGAAUGGAGCCUUCUACAAGAUGGGCAAUUUCAUAGACACCUUCAGUCAGGAUGACAUCACAAAUAGGCGCAUAGCUUUUCAGCAUAAAGGACCCGAUGUUGGCACGGCAUCAUUUAUAGUGACAGAUCGUCAGCAUGAGGUGAAUGGUUUGUUGGAGGUGCAUGCCUCUGAUCCAUUCGUAUCAAUGCUGCCGACGAAUGCUUCGAUCGUGCAAGAGGGAAAAUUUGUUAUUUUACGCAAUAAAGAUUUUAUAUUGGAGACUAAUUUGGACAUGAAGUUGGAUGAGAUCUAUUAUGAGGUGAUCAAGCCACCAGCUUAUGGUAUACUCAUGUAUUUGGGCAGAUCACGAAAUGGUGGUAAUGAUACUAUGACGGGCCAAUAUAAAUCAGCGAAUCUGACCUCGCUCACUAAUUUUACACACUUGGAUAUUGAGCGUGAUCGCUUGGUCUACUGGAACACGGAGAUUGCGUCCAUGGACAAAUUGCGUUAUCGCGUGCACAUAAAAAACAUCUCAGCUGAGGGUGAGGUGAUCAUGCGCAUAUACCCUUCAGCCUACUGGGAACCCUUGCAGGUGAAAAAGAACCAAACGCUUAAUGUGGAGGAAUCUACGAGUGUGCUGAUCUCACGCGACGUACUGGAGGUCGUUCAUCCCAAUAUCUCUCCGGGUGACAUUACAUUCUUGGUUACUUCUUCACCAAUGCAUGGCUAUUUGGAAAUGCAAUCCAUGUCUUUCGAUGAUGAAUACAACUGCAAGGUCUUCGAUCAGUCCGCAAUAAAUACAGAGAAAAUGUUCUACAUACAAGCCGGCGUUAAUCAGUCCAUGGACUAUUUUAUGUUUGAUGUGACAAAUGGUAUUACUUGGCUGCGCAACUUGAUGUUGAAAAUAGUCAUCAUACCAGAGAAGCUUUAUAUGCAUACGAAUGUGGUAUCCGUUGUUGAAGGAAAAACGGUCCAGCUGAGCUCUUCGGACAUCCAGCCUUUCUCCGAGUAUUAUCGUGGCAAAAUACUGGAAUACAUAAUAACUAUAGCGCCGACUUCGGGCUACAUUAUGGCAGCCAAUUCCAAGGUGAAACGUUUUACUCAAAAACAACUGGAUCAGGGCAGCAUACAGUAUUUCCAUAAUGGCAAUGAGAAUGCGACAGAUGUUAUGACAUUAUUAGCUACAGCAAGGAAUAAAGAGAGCGUGCCAUUCGAGUUGGAGUUCUCCGUGGUGCCGGUCAAUGAUGAACAGCCGAUGGUGGUUACAAAUACCGGACUGCAAGUGUGGAGUGGUGGCAAAUACAUCAUCAAGUACACAGAUCUUAUGGCGCAAGACUACGAUACACCAGCUGAUAAUAUAACCUUUAUCGUCAAUUACAUUUAUGGUGGUUAUUUGGCCAAACGUGGCGAUUUGCAACAAAAAAUUGAUACUUUCACUCAAGCACAAAUUAACAACGAAGAGAUUUGCUUCAUACACGAUUCAACAUCGCGUCGCAACGAAAUGUCAUUUAUGGUCACGGAUGGGCUCUUUAACACCACCGAUCAAUUGUUGAAUAUCGCCAUAAGGCCUGUAGAGAUACUCGAAGAGCGCAACACGAAUUUGCAUGUCUUUCCGCUCACCAAAAAGCAAAUUUUACGCGAUCAUUUAUAUUUCCGUUGCUCGGAUGAAGGACGUGAUAUUUAUUAUAACAUAACAGUACCGCCGAGUCUGGGACGUAUAGUGAAUGAAUAUUCAGAUAAUGGUUUCUCGAAGGAAGUUACCGGCUUCACACAGAACGACAUCGAUAAUGGACGCAUUUUCUACGAGCACACUUCGGUCAUAAUGGAGUUUCGUAUAAACGAUUCGUUUUACUUUGAUGUGGUGGUCGAUCGCAGCGAUCGCUUGCUGGAUCAAAAGUUCAAUGUGGAAAUAUCCGUUUCUUCGGGUGGUCUACUGCGCUUUUUGCCCGUCUCGAAACUGCAAGUGGAUGAAGGCGGCUCAGUGCCAAUUAAAUUGGACUUCUCUAAGAUUUUGGAGUAUUUGAAAACACGUGCUGGCAUAAAUAAUCCCGAGUUAUAUAUUGAGGCAACUCAAAAACCUAUGCAUGGUAGUAUUGGACUUGGGCAUGAGUUCAAAGCGAUGCAGACUUUUCAGCCAAGCGACUUUUUGACUAAGAAAGUUUAUUAUAUACACGAUCACUCCGACACGCUGGAUGAUACGAUUUUAAUGUCGGUGUAUCUGUCGCAAUACCUAGCGCAAGGCAACAUUUUUCUCUGCAACCUCACCGUGCCGGUUUCCAUAAAGCCGAUAAACGAUCAGCCCUUCACACUCGUUACACAUUUUCCACAGAUGACCGUAGUGGAAGGUGAAAACCAAACGAUUACGCGCAACAUGUUACUUACCGAAGACAAGGAUACACCACCCGAUGAGAUCGUCUACGAUGUGAUGAGUGGACCCACACUUGGUGUACUCAAGAAGAUCAGUGGCGACGGACACGCUGAAGAUUUGCUGGCAUAUUCGAAUCAGUUCACACAAGCCGAUAUCAAUAAUGGACGCAUUGUUUUUGUUCACUUCGGUACACCGCAGUCCACGACUUUCUGCUUUACCGUCUCUGAUGGACAAUUCAAUCCGGCUUAUGAGGUGUUCACCAUCAAAAUUGCGCCCAUCAGCUUACUGCCAGCAGACUACCAAUAUCCGGUGCUGGUACCGCAAGGCGCCACCACUACCGUUAUGAAGCUGGAACACAUCUCUUUGCGCACGAAUGUGCAACAGGCACGCCUGUCGUACAACAUAACUAAUUCACCACUAUAUGGCAUAAUCGUUUAUAAGCACCAGCCCACACUGCGCUUCAACCAACAACAACUGGAGACGGCACAAAUCAAUUACAUGCAAACGGAUCUGAAUCGCUCCAAUGACACCUUCCAAGUGAGCGCUUAUGUGCCGGGCACCAUAUACACCGCCACGGUGGAUGUGUUGGUUGCCGUCGAGCCGGUUAUCAAAAUCACGAAUAUUUCUAUGGUGAACGAAUUGGGCAAGGUGCGCUUGCAGUCCGUGCUCGUCGCCGAUAAUCCACUCUCGCUGAAGUUGAACAAAUUCAAUCCGAAAUUUGUCAUCACACGCAUGCCUAUCACCGGCCAGCUACGGAAGAUUAUACGUAGCACUGGCCUAGCACCCGAGUCGCAAAACGAACGCUCCACCAAUACGUUUUCGUAUAAGGAACUGCGCAGUGGCGUUGUCUACUUCGUGCCGAACGAAGCGGUGGAGCUUACAGUGGAGGAUAUGGAUUACUUUGAGUAUCAGUUACACAUUAAGACCGUGCAACCGGCACAGAGCGUAGUCCAUAUUGAGUAUCGUGCGCCGCAGGACACCAGUGGCAAUAAAGUCACCAUGGCCAGUAGCGAGUUCAGUUUCAAUUACGUGGCGCUGUUGAUAGUGCUCAUUGUACUCAUAGUCUGUAUCUUGGUGGUGAUGUUGCUACUCAAGAUACGUUACCUGCGUCGCGACAAAGCCGACAUUUCGAAGGAUCAACCACCAGCUUUGCCUUGUCCGCCCGAUUUGACUUCAGUUAGUCCGCAACAUCAUCACCACCACCAUCAUCAUCAUCACUACGCCAACUCGGAGGCUGACUCAGUGCCCGCUACCGGCGCUUCCACGCCACUACCCGGUUUCAGUAACAUACCACAUUGCAAGAUUAUACCAGUUGAGUCUUACAAACAUGACUAUCCCGACUAUGAUCCCGACGAAGGUGAUGAAACCGAUGAUGCUCAGCAAAUGAUGUUGCCGCAGCGUUACAAUCCCUAUCACAUGGAGAAUGAUACGUGGAGUUCAUCGUGCGAUAUGGCCAAUGAUUUUGGUGGCUAUUCAACGGUACCGCAAAGUAGCGCGCCAACAGCAACACCGCCCUCAGCGCCGGCUAGUAAUCCGCUCUUGCGCAGAAACCAGUACUGGGUUUAAGUUACGAUAUAUGUGAGGGAACUGACUUUAGAAUUAAGGGUAGUAUGUGCAGUCCAUGGGUGGUCCAGUGCCUUUUGAGAGUUUCAUAGUUAUGUAAUAUAAAUUAUUCGAUAAUUGAGUACUUGAGUGACUAAUAGCGUUAAGAAAACUGUGUAGAGCUAGAAUUUUAUACAUGUGUUUACAAAUAUACUCCCAUAUUUAUGUUGGCCAUUUAACUUGCCAGGUCUUAUGUAAACCCGAAAGAAGUGUAACUAUAGUUUGUAGUGAGUUGUACUUAGCUACAAGUCGGCCAUAUAUUCGAAACCAAAUUUUUUUCUAGAAAUUCUGUAGAAUAUACAUUGAUUGAGUCGAAAUAUACAUUCAUAAAUAUUUAUAUACAUA